AUAGAGAAAUCUCAAAGAAAUUUAGAAAUAGAUAGAUCUCGAAAAAAUGACUUCCUAUACCCACUUAUCUUUCGGGAGUAUAUUUAUACAUUUGCUCAUGAUCGUGACUUAAAUAGAUCUAUUUUGUUAGAAAAUGUAGGUUAUGACAAUAAAUAUAGUUUACUAAUCGUAAAACGUUUAAUUACUCGAAUGUAUCAACAGAAUCAUUUGAUUAUUUCUGCUAAUGAUUCUAACCAAAAUACAUUUUUUAGGUAUAACAAAAAUUUGUAUUUUCAAAUGAUAUCGGAGGGGUUUGCAGUUAUUGUGGAAAUUCCAUUUUCCUUACGAUUAGUAUCCUCUUUAGAAAGAUCAGAAAUAGUAAAAUCUCAUAAUUUACGAUCAAUUCAUUCAAUAUUUCCUUUUUUAGAGGGCAAAUUCCCACAUUUAAAUUAUCUGUCAGAGGGACUAAUACCGUACCCCAUCCAUCUAGAAAAAUUGGUUCAAAUCCUUCGCUAUUGGGUGAAAGAUCCCUCCUCUUUGCAUUUAUUACGACUCUUUCUUCACGAGUAUUGGAAUUUGAACAGUCUUAUAAAGAAAUCUAUUUCCUUUUUUGUAAAAAAGAAUCAAAGAUUCUUCUUGUUCUUAUAUAAUUCUCAUGUAUAUGAAUACGAGUCCGUUUUCUUUUUUCUUUGUAAGCAAUCCUUUCAUUUCCGAUUAACAUUUUAUCAGGUCUUUCUUGAGCGAAUAUAUUUCUAUGGAAAAAUAGAACAUUUUGUAGAAGUCUUUACUAAGGAUUGGGGGGACAGCCUAUGCUUGCUCAAGGAUCCUUUCAUACAUUAUAUUAGAUAUCAAGGAAAAUCCAUUUUUGUCUCAAAGGAUACGCCUCUUCUGAUGAAAAAAUGGAAAUAUUACCUUGUCAAUUUAUGUCAAUGUCAUUUUGAUGUGUGCUUUCAACCCCAAAAGAUCCAUAUAAACCCAUUUUCAUUAUACAAGCAUUCUUUCGCCUUAUUAGGUUAUCUUUCAAGUUCAAGUGUACGACUAAACCUUUCAGUGGUACGGAGUCAAAUGCUAGAAAAUGCAUUUCUAAUGGAUAAUAUUAUGAAUAAACUCGAUACAACAGUUUCAAUUAUUCCUUUGAUUGGAUCAUUAGCAAAAAUGAAAUUUUGUAACGCAGUAGGACAUCCCAUUAGUAAACCGACCUGGGCCGAUUUUUCGGAUUCUGAUAUUAUCGACCGAUUUGUCCGUAUAUGCAGAAAUCUUUCUCAUUAUUAUAGCGGAUCCUCAAGAAAAAAGAGUUUGUAUCGAAUAAAAUAUAUACUUCGACUUUCUUGUGUUAAAACGUUGGCUCGUAAACACAAAAGUACUGUACGCAUUUUUUUGAAAAGAUUAGGUUCAGAAUUAUUGGAAGAGUUUUUUACGGAGGAAGAGCAAAUUCUUUUUUUGAUCUUUCCAAGAGCUUCUUCUAUUUCCCAAAAGUUAUAUAGGGGGCGGGUUUGGUAUUUGGAUAUUAUUUGUAUCAACGAGCUGUCCAAUCAUGAAUAA